AUGCCCGAUGACUUUUAUAUUGACGUCCCUCCCAUAAAUCCACAGCACCGCAACUCCGCCCGCCCGCAACCUACCACGCCAGCCAAUAGCCGCAUCACAGUCCGGAAUCCCUCCUCCGCGACGACCCAGAGUAUUUCUUUCUCUACCACGGAUCCUCCACCAGGAACUAUACCAUCGUCCACCAUGGGCGACGUCGAAGAGCCUACACAGUACGACGAUCAGGGUGGCAGUGCCUAUGGUGCUCCCACCCCGCUUUCGCAACUCGAAGGAAAUGGAAUUCAUGCAAGGGAUAUCAAAGCGAUUGUCGAAGCUGGGUAUAAUACCGUUGAAGCAGUUGCUUAUACCUCGAAACGACAGUUGUUAACCAUCAAAGGCAUAUCGGAGGCAAAGGCCGACAAGAUUAUAGCUGAAGCCGCCAAGCUUGUUCCUAUGGGAUUCACAACAGCCACUGACAUCCACGAACAACGAAGUAAACUCAUCUCCAUUACCACAGGCUCUAAACAACUCGACACACUCCUCGCUGGCGGUAUUGAGACGGGAUCUAUCACAGAGAUAUUUGGUGAGUUUAGAACAGGAAAGAGCCAGCUGUGUCAUACUCUGGCUGUAACAUGUCAGUUACCCCUCGAUAUGGGUGGUGGCGAAGGCAAAUGCCUGUAUAUCGACACGGAGGGUACAUUUCGUCCCGUUCGUCUUCUCGCCGUGGCCCAACGCUAUGGCCUCAAUGGCGAAGAGGUCCUCGACAAUGUCGCCUACGCUCGUGCAUACAACUCGGACCAUCAGCUACAGCUGCUGAACAUGGCGGCACAGAUGAUGACCGAAACAAGAUUUUCGCUGCUUAUAGUUGACAGCGCGACCAGUCUUUAUCGUACCGACUUCUCGGGUCGCGGGGAUUUGAGUGCCCGACAAAUGCACUUGGCGAGGUUCAUGAGACAGUUGCAGAGACUAGCCGAUGAAUUCGGAAUUGCUGUGGUUAUCACAAAUCAAGUUGUAGCACAGGUCGAUGGAGCUGUAUUCAAUCCCGACCCGAAGAAGCCUAUUGGAGGAAAUAUCAUUGCACAUGCCUCAACUACUAGACUUUCACUAAAGAAAGGUCGCGGAGAAACUCGUAUUUGCAAAAUUUAUGACUCGCCGUGUUUGCCGGAGUCUGAAUGUCUUUUCGCAAUUAAUGAGGAUGGUAUUGGCGACCCAAGUCCAAAGGAUAUGGAAGCACAUGAAAGAUAA